AUGAGAAAAAUACCAAACAAUGGGAACCUGAAGGUGAUGAAGGUGGCGUACCCCCUGGGACUGUGUGUGUGCCUGUUCAUCUACAUCGCCUACAUCAAGUGGCACUGGGUCUUCGCCACCCAGGCCUUCUUCAGCAUCACGGAGGCGGCCUCGGGGGCCCACCGGGGCCAGCAGACUCACGAUGCCCCGGGGAGGACGGCUCACGGUCACAAGGCCUUCUAUGGCAUCAUGUUUGACGCGGGAAGCACUGGCACCCGAGUGCAUAUCUUUCAGCUCACCUGGCAGCCCGGAGAGACUCCCACCUUGACCCAUGAAACCUUCAAAGCACUCCAGCCAGGCCUUUCUGCUUAUGCUGACGACGUUGAAAAGAGCACUCCGGGUAUUCAGGAAUUGCUGGAUGUUGCUAAACAAGAAAUUCCUUUUGAUUUCUGGAAGGCCACCCCGUUGGUGCUCAAGGCUACCGCUGGCUUACGUCUGCUGCCGGGAGAAAAGGCUCAGAAUUUACUACAAAAGGUGAAAGAAGUGUUUAAGGCGUCGCCUUUCCUUGUCGGGGAUGACUGUGUGUCCAUCAUGAACGGCACCGAUGAAGGCAUUUCAGCCUGGAUCACCGUCAACUUCCUCACAGGCAGUUUGAAAUCCCCGGGAAGCAACAGUGUGGGCAUGCUGGAUUUGGGCGGAGGGUCCACUCAGAUCACCUUCCUUCCGAGAGUUGAGGACACCCUUCGGACCUCCCCACCCGGCUACCUGACGUCACUGCAGAUUUUUAAUAGGACCUACAAGCUCUAUUCCUACAGCUACCUGGGGCUCGGAUUGAUGUCGGCUCGGCUGGCGAUUCUGGGCGGCACAGAGGGGAAGCCUGUGGAGGAUGGAAAGGAGUUGGUCAGUCCCUGUCUGGCUCCCACUUUCAAAGGAGAGUGGGAACAUGCUGAAGUCACGUACAGACUUUCAGGACAGAAGGCAGCAGUGAACCUCUACCAGCUGUGUGCCCGCAGAGUGUCCGAAGUCCUUCAGAAUAAAGUGCACAGGACAGAAGAAGUGAAGGAUGUGGAUUUUUAUGCUUUUUCCUACUAUUAUGACCUUGCAGCAAGUGUUGGCCUCAUAGAUGCGGAGAAGGGAGGCAGCCUCGUGGUCGGAGACUUUGAGAUUUCGGCCAAGUACGUGUGCCGGACGGCGGAGACCCGCCCACAGAGCAACCCGUUCCUGUGCAUGGACCUCACCUACAUCAGCUUGCUGCUCCGAGAAUUCGGCUUCCCGGGAAACAAAGUGCUGAAGCUGACUCGGAAAAUCAACAACGUUGAGACCAGCUGGGCCCUGGGGGCCAUUUUUCAUUACAUCGACUCCCUGAACGGACAGAAGAGUAGGGCCUCGUAG